UUUAACAUUAAUGUUAGCCUGAAUUACUUAAUGUGGCAACAGUGUGCAGUAAAAUUGCUGGAAAAUAAGCCUUUGCUGUCCCUCUUUUAUUAUUUAAUGCCUGCAAUUUUACCCAGUCUUCUAUCUGCUCUCCAGUUUGGUUAUUUUGGGGCCAAUGUUUUUAAUCCGUCUCUGUCCUUUUAUAUUGCUUCUCUCUCAGUGCUGUUAAUCGUAUUUCCCAAAAUAGAUAAAUGAGCAAAUUUAAUUAAAUGUGUUAUUUGCACUGUCUCCUGAUCAUUAAUGAAUUUGUAAGUAAGGCCAAACCUACAAUCUUCCUAGUAAUACAAUUACUGAAUUCUCUCUAUCCACUUAGCUGAUGAUUAUUUGCUUUUUAAGUUUUUUUUUAAAUUUUAAACAUUCCAUACUUUGUGUAUUUGUGUUCUUGCACUGUUAGAAGCAUGAAUGUUUUCCAACGAAAAGGAGAGAACUUUGUCCCAGAUGUUUUUUCCACCCUGUGGUCUCAUUUGGUUGAGUUGGUGCAAUGCAGCAAGAAGGGGACAGAUGCAGAGUUCGCGCCAGAAGGCCUGAUAUGGCACUUUAUGUCCCCAAAGCUCUAAGGGGCACAGUGCUCCUCAAGACCGGUGAUAAGGAAAAAAGCUGUAGUUCAGUAAACUCUCUGGUGAAAGAGGAACAAAACAGUUGCCUCUCCCAAAAGGAGGUCCUUAGAGACAAACUUGAGGCUCAGAGACUGAGUAACAAUCCUGAUGGAAAGGAACCUAACUGGAAAGAAGGAAAGACUUAUUCAGCAAGAUUAAGGAAAUACACAUGCCUUCAAAACAGAAAUAAAGAUAGGGUUUGUACCAAGAGAGGGCCUAUAGAAUCCAAAGAAGUAUCCCAGGGACACCAGCACAGGGUCCCAAAUGUUGAUAUUGCACCUGGUAUACCUUCACAAGGGCAUUUUAAACCAAAGAAGGUAGAGUGUUUGGAGGUUGAAACCACAGAUUUGACAGGAUGUGAGAGGAUUCCUGUAUCACAGUCCUGUUCAGAAAUCCCUGAGGCACAAGUUCUAAGCACACCACUCCAAAACAUGGAAUUGAAUGAACUAAGGGCGGAAACUUCUCAAGACAGAGAUUUGGAAAGCAAAAUUGAAACCGAUGCCCAAAUUGUAGAGACACUGUCUCAGUUUCCUGGAGUUUUUAGUUCUGUAUCACAAACUGAGAGUCUGAGUACAUCAGUAAAAUUAAGCUCUGAUUCUUCAACUGCACCACAAGAUGGAGGGGCGAGGCUCAGCAGUGGAGAUGUCACGGCUGUCGCUGAUUCUGCAUGUCCACAUCUUGUCAUUGAUCAAGCCUCUGCCAACUUUGCAUCUGAGAAUAUAGGUGAUAUAGUCAACAAUACAGAUUCUGUCUUUGGUCGGAAAGGUCUAGAUUCCAUUCCUGAGACUGUGGGCCCUGUCACUCCUGAAGAGACUACAGACAAUAAAUUCAGGAGCACAAAUGGAAUUGUUGAUCCAACGAAAAUUAAAAAGUGUGAGAAGAAUAACAUCAGUGCCAGUGAGUUUUGUGUGGAGUACGGACUUUCUGAGACAGCUGUCCUUGCUCAGGAAACAGACAGAAAUAGUAGGUGUCAGGAUGUAGAUGAUAUUACCAAUAAGGCAUGUGUGAUGGACAUUGCAGAAGAUCUAUGUCAUCAUGCAACUACAGACAGUCCUUGUGAGGUUCCAGGUGGAGUAGCUGAUGAGACCUGUGCUACUCCGUGUGAUUUCUCAGGAUAUAUAGAAAUAAGUGCAAGUGCGGCCCAACCUCAAGAAGUUAGAAGUGGGGAUGACGCACAAAAUUUCAGCACCCUGAUUUCUUGCCCAGAUAUUUAUGGUGAGAAUGUUUUAUCUGAUUUUACAGAGUCAACAGGAAAGUUGACAGAGAACUCGUCAGGUUGUACUUCCUCCUUCCCUAGAAAGAAGAUUGCUGAUGGUAAUUGUCACACUUUUUUGGACUCUGAACUCAGUGUGUUAAAUGGCCCAGAAGUAUUUGCAGACUGUGCCUCAGGCAGUGAUGCAGAUAGUACUGGCGAUACAACCAAGGUGUCACUUGAACUGAGGACUGCUGAAGAUGUCGAAACAGAAGAGCAGGGUGACUCAGAGAAUACAGAACUCGGAAUGUCCUUUCCUGGUGGAGAAUCUUCUAUGGGAACACUCACGGAACUGAAAACAGCUGACACUUCUUGUGGGGAGGACAGUCCUGAUCCCGAGGAGAGCUGGGAAUCUAUGUUUAAUGACGAUGGUGACUGCCUGGAUCCCCGUCUACUACAGGAGUUAUCAGGGAAUGUACACAAAGCAAGCAUCCAGGAACCUAGAUUUGAUUAUUACAGCCAUGAAGUUCCUGAUAUUGACCUCAGUGAGUGUGAAUUCCCUCAUGUCAUUGAAAUUUAUGACUUCCCCCAAGAAUUUCGUACUGAAGACCUUCUGCGGGUUUUCUGCAGUUAUCAAAAGAAAGGGUUUGAUAUUAAAUGGGUUGAUGAUACACAUGCCCUGGGAAUAUUCUCCAGUCCAGUUACAGCUCGUGAUGCUCUGGCUAUUAAACAUUCCAUGGUGAAGAUUCGACCCUUGUCACAGGCCACCAGAGCAGCCAAGGCCAAAGCUAGAGCUUUUGCUGAGUUCUUGCAGCCAGCCAAGGAGCGCCCCGAGACCUCAGCAGCCCUGGCCAGGAGGCUGGUCAUCAGUGCCCUUGGGGUUCGAAGCAGACAGAACCCGCGGGACCGGGAAGCAGAGCGUCAGAAGCUGCAGGCAGCCCGGGAGAGAAAACGAUUGGAAGCCAAGCAACGAGAAGACAUUUGGGAAGGCAGAGACCAGUCUGCAGUUUGAAUGUCACCCAAAGAAGGAAAUAAUUUCAUGAUUGGAAAAUGUUUUCUUAGGCUUCAGAUGAGAGGAUCUUUCCAGAGCUCUGUGCACAUGCAGGUGUGCCCAUUAUAGAGUUGAAAGUGAUGGAGCAAAGACUGACUGGGUAUAUAAAGAAGACAGAUACCUGUCUUCACUCCUAAAAGCAGUUCUCUAGAAUGUACUACUGUGGUGGGAGUGGAAGGGAGCUGUCACCCAGGGAGAAAUAUGGAACGUUUGGCUUCCACGAGUCCUCUGGACAGUGUAAGUCAUGUUAGCAUGGUUCACCAAGAUAAUCUGGAAGAAAAGCAGAGAAUUCAUAUCUGCAGUGAUGGGAGAGUCAGGCCCCACACAAGGCAGAACCUUCCCUAGUAUCUCGCAGAACUGAAAACAGCAAUAUGGGGCAUAGGAGGGGAGCAAGUAAGGAACAUUCACUACAAAGAGAGAGAAUAGUGUAUGGUGGACAUGGGAUACACAGAAUCUGCACUGCCAGUUCCAGUACGCCAAAGUCGAUGAAAUGCAGCCGAUGUGGGUAUUUGGACUCCAGCGUCUGUAUUGAACUAAGUGUCUGGGGCUGCCCAGGCUGCAUAGCAGCUAGUGCCAGCUUCAUUACUCAUAGUAAGCCAACCUUGGGAGCUGAGUGCCAGUUUCAGUUUAAACAGUGACAUCAGGUUGUAAGAAGGAGACAUUAAAGCCCAUUUUAUGAUGUAUACACCUCUGAUAUGUGUCAGUCUUAUCAUUUUCACAAAUAAGAGAACAGUUCUCUUCCUGCCUUACUAAACCCACUGAGUGGAGAGCUAGUCAUCUCCCUGUUCCAGCACAUACUGUGAAAGUGACCGCUCCUGGAUGGGUAUGUGGUAGCUCCUCUCCCCUUAUCUUUUUGGGCACUCCUUCCCCAACCUAUUGCCUUUUCCCAUCUCUGUCAGGUCUUAACAUCCUGCAGAAAACAUGUGGCCCACAGAAUGUUCUUGGUAUGCUCUCCAUAGCCUUGCCAGAGUCACCUGGCAAGAAGCAUCAGCCCAUCCGUCGUAGUGAUGAGCAGCCAGGAUAAAAUAAACAUCCCUAGGCAGCGAGAGAGACUUCCUGAAGGACAUGGACAAGUCAGAACCCCCAAAUCAGCCGCUACCCAUCUCAUAUCUGCAUCCUCAGUAUUUGGGGAAAGUAAUUCUGCACUCAAAAAAUGGCAGUGCUAGACCUUCUGUGCUGAGGUGGCAAGAAGUAGUGUCCCACUCUUAAACUUGGGCAGGAGUUUCAUGCUGUGAUUUAGUAACCAUGACUGAUGGAUCAUCAGCAUUGCUUAUAACAUGGGAGAAUGGGGCUCAGCUCAGAUAUUCCUCAGCGGACCCCAGACUUGGGUCUUAGUCCUGACCCACCUAUUCCUGCUGCUAGUCCAGUCUGAUAGGCUUCUCACUGUUUCCUAGUAUUCUCAUCCUUGGUCAGUUCUGCCAGCUUUUUUUAUUCUCUUUUGUUGCUUCCAUGUCAAGCUUGGGGGACUAAAUAAGUCAUUCUGUUGGUUCUCUGUCUCUAUAGCUAAGACCAGGGCCCCCUCUUUAGCUAACAGCUGCAGAACUUGUGCUCACUAUUUUCAUAGAACAGACUUUGCUAUCAUAGGUAGAUGUCUUGGGCAGUAUGGCUGCAUUUGAAAGAUAAGAUAGGGAGCUGCAGCAUGGCUUCAUAGUUAGUGGUAUACCUCUGAUGUAAACCCUUGUUCUGUUUUGAUUCUUCUACAAGUCUAACAGUGGCCUUGAGCAGCGAUGAAGAGAUGACUGUCCCUAUCACUUCCCCGAGAUGGGGCUUCCCCCCUCUGACUGUAUUUAGCUUUGAAGAACAUUGUUGAUGGUAUACAUAGUCCCAAGUUUAUUCUCCACAUUUUUAGUAGUUCUCAUGAUUUUGCGAAAUUACUUUUAUUAUUUUUAUUUUCAUUCUAAUACUCUGUACCAGUAGCCUGUUCCCCUUUUCAUUUGAUAAUCAGCAGAGAAUGCUCUUUAGUUACAGUCUCCAGUAGUUUGGGUUGAUCUACUGGAGAUGAGACAGUCUACCCAGUACACGUUACCUCAGGCUUGUCCAAAGGGGAACCAAUCUGGCCAUAUCUAAACCCAUGUCUUCAUAAGCUGACUUAGUUGGAAAGUGUCCAAUAGCUGUUCCUGGCUCCAUUGUGGGAUAUCUAGGAAGACAGUUAAUACAGUCUGCUGGUCAUGUAACAUUUCAUGUACAUGAAACAUCUAAAUCCAUGAUCACCUGGAAUUUAUAGUAGAAAGGCAUACUCCCCAUGAAUCCUAAUAUAGAACAGAGGUAGGUUAGGCUUCUAAUGAGUUAGUGGAGGUUCCUAGCAUUAUAAUGUCACAGACUAAAGUAUGCAAAGUAAAAGUCUUCUGAGGUUUUGGGUUCUGUUUGGGAUUUGUCGAUUGAGAUUCUGUUAAUAUCCCUCAUCUGGUGGUAAGCUCUGCCAGCCGUCAGUCUUCCCAUGGUCUUCCCUUCCAACUCAGAGGUAUAACAGCACAACCUUUGUGCAGCUUUUUCCAGGAAUUAGAACUGGCUGCACCCAUCAGACGUGAAGUGGGCAGCAAGACUGACACCAGAGCUGAUGGCUCUCUGCCUGGUCUGCUUUUUGUAGCCCUCUUGGAAACCAGAUCCAACGAGAAGCUGAGGGUAACCUCCAUACCCAAACCUAGUCAGCUCUUG